AUGAAAAGCGAAGAUUUCAUUACCCUCAUGAGCUCACCACAUUUCCUAGGCGAUCCCCUCGUCCGCACGCAGCACUUGCUCGGCGCGGCCAAGUACGAGUACGUAUCGGAGUAUGAGAUCGUGGCCACUCAUCAAGUCCGCGCGGCCCAUCAGCGCUACGUUGACCUUGAGCACACCAAAGUAGCCUAUCAGGGUUACGGCAAUGGUAGUGUCAAGCAUUGGUACAAGAAGAUUGACGGGGUCUGGAAGCUGUCUGGAAUCCUCCCCGAGAUGUAUUGGACGGAAGGCGAUUUCUCCAAGAUCUUCGUCAACCCAUCGGUUGCCUAA